GUGUUUUAUAAUAUUAUGCCUUAAAAAUUAGUAUUCAUGGAUUUAGGAACAGGAGUAGGCAUUACUGGCAUUUUGAUUUCUAAAUAUACUCGAGUUAUUAUGAAAGAUUAUAAUUCAGAUGUAUUAGAUAACACAUGGAUAAAUGUUAAAUUAAAUUAAUCACAAUGUAUUUUAAUGCAGUUGGAUUGGAGAAAUCACAGUAAAAUUAGUUUCUAAUUGGAUUUAAUUGUUGGAAGUGAUUUAGUUUAUUAAGGAAUACCUUUAUAUGACUUAUAUUAAACAAUACUUAAAUUAUUAAGUAUGUUAUAAGAGUAUUUUUUAGAAUAAAAUGGAAAAUUUUAUUUGAUUAUACCAAGCAAUAGAAUGUGUACAUCAGAAUUUAUAGAAAUAAUGAAUUCGGAAGGGUUAUUUGAAAUUUAAAAGGAAUUAUUAGAAGAUGAAAAAUAUUAUAAGCCUUGUUUAUAAGAUGAGGAAUAAUCAUAAUAAUUAUAUCCUGGUUUAAAAGAACUUUAAUUUUAAAUGUAUAUAUUUAUUAAGAAAUGA